AUGAACAAUUCAUCGAUAUGCGCGGUGUUUGAUCGUUUUCCCCUUUUACAGUAUAUCGUCUUUACCGUUGGGGCAGGUGCAGUCGACGUUAUCUGCGUCACUCUUCAAGCAGACCUGCUCGACUGUCAGGAAACACAGAGAUGUGCGACGCAAGAUGCGAUGUGGGCUCUGAAGGUUUCCUAUCUCAGGCAAUACGCGGCGUUGAGUAUCGAGAUGCUCGGGCUUCUGUUCAGUACAUAUGUAAUCCAUGCUCUCGGCGCCUGCCAGAGCCGGAUACUGCCUGAAGAGUAUGGUAUUCCGCGGCAUCUCCGAGAAUUAGCCAAGGCGUCGAUAACGCGAAAGAAACUCGAGGCAAGGGCCAGAGAUCCUCGCCUUUUCGACAAAGGAAAAACACAUGUUCUUUUUGAUCCAAAAGAUCCACUGGAAAUCAAGUGGGAUGCAUUUACAGAUGCGCUCCUAGGUGCAGAGAGGAUGAGUUGGCCGAUAUCAAGGAACAAUCGUCGUGUUAGUCUUGUUUCAGACGAAGAGCUACAAUACCGGACUCGCGUUCUCAGGAAGCUGGGGCUGCCUGUUGAAGACUACCUAAAAAUGCGCGAGGAACAAGAGGAUGCCUAA